AUGCGGUAGUAGUUCACUCCAAAGCCCGAUCUGUAGGUUAGAGAGAGGUCUGUGUACAGACCGGUUCUCAAAAUUGACACCCAGUGGGCCGCAGAGAUUGUCUGCGAAGCUGUAGGACGGUGAAACAACAUGGGAAACGCGGAGAGCGGCUGCGGGGGCGGCAGCGGCGACGAGGAGGACUUAGAAACGGAGAGCCCCGGUUUCGCGGAAGACAGUCCGGCCUCUGCGGCCACUGGCGUCGGCGGUGGAGGCGGAGGAGGCUCCGGUUCUGGUAGAAGCGGAAGGGGAUCUAAUAACCUGCCUGUACCCACCAGUGGACCACCUAGCCCCGGGAUCCUGCUAGAGCAAGUGAAACUGAGGGAAGCCGCGGCUCGUAUAAGCGACUCAGGAGUUGCUAUUCAGGAGUCAGUGUUGGCUGGGAAUGAGGGUGUCCUAGUGCGGUGGCUGGAGGACCGGUUGAACCGAGGAGAGGAGUCCGUCAAUGUGGAACAAUUCUGUGAGAUGUUGGAGAGCAGAGACGCCCCCAGAGAUGAGUGUGAAGAGGCCUUUGCACAGUUCGAUGCAGAGGGAGAUGGGGUGGUGGACGUAGACAGCAUGCUGGUCGCUCUGAAGAACUCCAAUGGAGCUAAUCUAAAGGGAGAGCUGAGUCAUGUGAUAAGACAGCUGCAGGCGUGUUCCCUAACUCCAGGUUUUGUUGACAUAUUCUCCAAGACCAAAGACAGGUUAGGGGCACAUGCCUCUAAGAUCCUUAAGUUCCUACACAGGAAUCGUAUUCCCAGCAGUGCCAUACCGUUCCCUAUCUUAGAGGGCUACAACAGUAUCUGCACCAUGAGGUCCAGCGUGGUCCAGGACUUCUUGGAAUUCCUCUUACAAAAAGAAAAAGAUUUAGACAUCCAGUACAGAGCAGAGCUGGACCGUGAUCCAGAGGUGGACAAGGUGAAGGUAGUCACGCAGUGCUACAGCACAAUAGAAGCUUCAUCCAACGUUUCAGACAUUAACAAGAUGACAAACGGGGAAACUACAUCUUUCUGGCAGUCAGAUGGCAGUGCACGCUCACACUGGAUAAGAUUGAAAAUGAAACCAGAUGUGGUUUUGAGACGUCUGGCCAUUGCCGUGGCUUCCAAUGACCACAGCUACAUGCCUCAACUGGUCUCUGUUGCUGUUGGGAAGAACCGGCGUUCCCUGCAGGAGAUCAGAGACAUCCGGAUACCCAGCAAUGUCACUGGCUACGUAGCUCUCCUGGAGAACGCCAACAUCACACACCCCUACAUCCAAAUCAACAUUAAGCGGUGCCUGAGUGACGGAUGUGACACGCGGAUUCACGGCUUGAAGACGCUGGGUUAUCAGAUUACCAAGAGUAAAGAGGUGUCUGUAUCCGAUGCUUCGGCCAUCUGGUACCUGUCUCUCCUCACCUCGCUGGUCACUGCAUCCAUGGAGACCAACCCUGCACUGGCUCAGACUGUCCUUCAGAGCACACAAAAAGCCUUACGACACAUGCCACCGCUGUCACUCACGCCAUCAUCUACAGAGUUCCCCAAGUUCUUCUCUCUGAACAUCCUGGAGGAGGUGGAUGGAUUUCUCCUCAGGAUAGCAGACUGCUGUGUGAGUCCUGAUGCAGAGCUGACCCUCCUUGCCUUCGCUCUGGCCCGGGGCAGCGUGGCGAAGAUUCUCCAAGCACUGUCCUGCAUCAGCGACCAUUUAGAGGCCGAGUACAAGGCCUCCGCCCUCAUCGUGUCUAUGGCCUCUGUCAGACUGCGACUACUCAAUCGCAACGGUAAACCUCUCCAGCUGCACCUGCAGGCCUGCGAUGUGAAGAGUAAAGAGGAGAAAUCAGGACCAGAGAACAUGCUCACAGAGACCUCCACUGGGGAUGGUUUCCUUACAGAAAGUGGCAGGAAGAAGGCCAGUGUGAUCCUGUCAACAGAGGACCAGAGCAAUUUCCAGGUCACUCAGAUGAAGAUCAAGGUGCGAAAAGGAGCCAUCGGAUCAAAAUGUGGUUUGGUGUUUGCGUACAAAGAAGAAGACUCUUUUGAUGCAGAGAAGCAUUUCAAGAGGUUCAAAAAGUAUGACUCCUGGGACUACAAGGCUUACAAAGAGUUUGUACAAGACAAUGUGAGGACUCCUACACAAUCAGAGGACGAGCCAAUCGGCUGGUUUGAGCUGGAGGAUGACUGGAACGAUGUGGAGAUCAAGCUGCAGCAGUGUCGCGUUGCAAAGUUCUUGAUGGUGAAGUUUCUGUGCACCAGGCAGGACUCUGCUGAGCGUCUCGGGGUGCAGUCCCUCACCUUCAGUGGCUACCUUUGCCCUGGAGCAGAGAGGCUGGGAGAUCUGGACGACCUCAGUCCAGAUGGAGAGAGCUUUGACCGUGAUGGUGUCACCGGCCUUUGUCUUCUUAACAAGACACUAUUCUUCAUUCAGCAGCUAACACGAGACAUGGAUGCCUCUCACUUCAAGCAGAAGUAUCUUCUGGACUUCAGCAGCCUCGGUCUGAACCUCUUCUGGAGCUUCUACAGUAAACUCAGGGAGAUUGAGGGAGAGGAGGUGUUGAAGAGCAGAGUGCUGCUGCUCCAGUUGAUGCAGAACUGUUUCCCCAUGCUUCCCAAUCCGCUGGAGCCCCGGAGCCCAGACGACAGCAGAGAGCCAGAGGAGGGAGCCACAGCAGCGGCCGGUCCAUCCACAUCCAGCAGUACAGAGCCUCAGUCUGAGUCUGUGAAGGCUGUGUGGGAACUCUACACUCACCUCUGCCAUGUGGUGGAUGGGUCUGAGGGUGAGAAAGUAGUAGAAAAAGCUUUGCACAAAGAAGCAGUCAAGGCCAUUCUGAACGGAGCAGCUGUUUUCUUCCCUGAUAAACACGUCAGGAGGGACAAACUCUUCCACAUGAUGAAAAAUAUUACAGAAGAGGAUCAACCAGAGUCGGUUAAGGUGACGUUUGAAUCUCUUUGUAAUUACUUCAGUGACCAGGAUCCAAGUGGCCUUCUCCUGCUCCCACCUAAAGGAGCCCCUUCAGACUUUGACAUCAGCCCCAUUCUGUCAGUCAUGGAGACGCUGCUGCUGGUGGCAAUAAGAGAGUGUGAGGUGAUGAUGGUGGAUGAGAGCAGAGGUGCGAGCAGGACUGUGCUGCUGUCCUUGUUCUGGGCUCUCCAGGGCAGUCUGCUGUCCUGGUGCUACCUGCAGCUCAAAACAGGAUCCUCCACUGUCAUUGCUAUGGAGCUGGCCAGAGACAUCCUACUCAAAUAUGUAGAUCAGUUCCUGGGAAGCUUCAAAGCAAUCCUUGGUACCUUGCUGGAGAAGUUCACCUGUGCUGAAAUCACUGAAAAACUUGGCAGCUCAAUCCUCGCCACGGUCUUCAGACAACUGAUGAUUUUACUCCUGGAGCUGUGCUCUUUGGACAUCCCUCACAGCCUGCUGCUCAAGAGCUUCUCCUCUCUGGUCCAGCUGCUCAAAAGCCUGUCGAGUGAUACGGGAGACAUCUUCUCUAAGGUGGAUCAGGAGAGCUGGCAUCAACCUCAGCAGCCUGUGGUGCUGAGGACCUGGAACUUGGAGUCCCCUCAUAACUACGAGAACAGCCGGCACGAGACCAGCAUAUUCGCCUGCCCCGGUGCCACAUCAUUUGAGGUGGAGUUUGACGAGCGCUGUGAGACAGAGAAGAGGUAUGACUACCUGGAGUUUACGGAUUCCAGAGGUGGAAAGGUCCGCUAUGACAUGAAGGUUGGAACUGAGAAAUGGCCAAAGAAAGUGACAUUUGACGCCGGCCCUCAGCUCCAGUUCCUCUUUCACUCUGACAGUAGUAAUAACGAGUGGGGUUACAAGUUCACAGUGACCGCCCUGGGUCUCCCAGAUAUCACUAUUUCUUGGAUGUCGGACCUGCAGCUGCUGGUGGCUCGUCUGAUGGGUAGACUCGCUUCCAGAACCCUCGCCCUGAAAUCUCCUCACGAGAUACGCUCUGUAAAGGAGUUUCCACCAGGAAAAAUGUCUCAUGUUCAGUCUUCUCCUCUAUGGAAACCCAUUCUGCGGCACGGGUUGUUUGAAACAAGAGAGAAGAAUCAAUCAAAGCCUCUCGCAGACCAGACAAAUUCAUGGACUCAGGAUGAGUUAAUGAGCUUCCUGGAGGACUUCGCCCGGUGGAACCCAUCUCAGGAACCAACAGACAGCAAAACAGAGCUGAUGAAGACCCUCAUGCAGUCCUGCAGGAAACAGCCGAUGAGGAAUGAGAUUGCUGCUGGGUCAAAGACGGACCAGGCUGUGAAUGCUAUUUGGGCUGCCAUGGUUUAUCACACACCAGCACUCAACCAUGCUCUGAAGACCUACGUUAAUCAGGACUGCAGGUCGUGUCUGAGUGAAGAGUUUGUGCAGGUGUAUUCGCUGGCAGACAGCAUCAGGACAUGGAUGUUGGAGAUGAAGCAAAGAUACCUCGUCGGUAAAAUGAAUGUUCCCGAUGAGAAGGAAGGAGGCCAAGAUGAAGUUACCAUGGAGACACUAGCGGAGAUGUGCAUUGAGAAGAGCCUCUUGCUCUUCAGAUUUACUCCGUGUGGAGUGCCAUGUCAGGACAAUGACUCAUCCAAAGCCGCAGAGGGCAGCAACACUCCACUCCUCCGUUCAAGUUCGAUCUCAGAAGGGGACUUUCAGCCCAGCUCCUCUCUGGGACCUCAGGCUGCAGGGGCAGAGGAGAGCAGUGAUGCCAAAUCAGGACAUAGCCUGCCCCGUGGUGUCCAAGCCCAAAACUCAUCUUCAUGUGGGCACGACAGGCAGGGUCAUCGAGGCUCCACAGAGAGCCUGUCCUCCCAGCCAGGUGAACCUGCUUCACCCUCCACCUUCCCUCGUAAAGCUCCAUUCAGCCAAGCUCGCCUCCGCCUCCUAUCCUGCAGAUCUAUAGAAGAGCCCCGUUUGACCCCCUCUGUGAAGGAUCGCUACCCAAUCCUUAAACACAUCCUGAACUUUAUAAGGGAUCAGGCUCUCACUACAGCAAGCAUUCUUCAGACCCUUUCCCUAAGCAAAGCCCAGGCGCUGAGCGUGUGUAAGGUCCUGGAGAUGGUUCAGCAGUGUUUACAUUCCCUGGGAAAGCCACACCUCUUCCAAGCCCCCUGCAUCCUGUUUCUGCAGGAGCUUCUGGCAUGUCAGAAAGACUUCACCAGUUAUUUCUCUCAGCUGUCAGAUAGCGGGCAGAAGCUCGGAGAGGAGGUGAGGCGUUCUUACCAUCAGUUGGUGCUCAUGCUUGUGGAAGCAGCUCAAGGUUUCAGCAACCUUAAUGAGAAAGCCCUGCUGCCGGCUCUCUCCUGUGUGCAGACCUGCUUGUUGCACCUUUUAGACAUAAGCUGGGAGAUCCAUGACCUUCCUCUUUUCCUGGAUAUCAAGCUUCCUGAGCUUCUGCUCAGCAUGUCCCAGGAGAACAUCAGUGUCCAUGACAUUGCCAUCAGUCAAUGGACAGAGGAAGAUGAAAUCUCAGACUACAAGAAGAACCAGGAGUGGAUGGAUGAGUGCAUGGACGGGAUGUUUGAGAAGUGGUACGACAAAAUCGAUGAUGAGGACUCCAUAGAGGACAGGAGAAAGAUGCACAUGUUCAUUGCUCGCUACUGUGACCUGCUCAAUGUCGUGAUCUCCUGCGAUGGCUGUGAGAGGAUGGCGCCUUGGCACCGCUACCGGUGUCUGCAGUGUAUGGACAUGGACCUCUGCAAAACCUGCUUCCUUAGUGGAGCCAAGCCUGAAGGCCAUGAGGACGACCAUGAGAUGGUGAACAUGGAGUAUGCCUGUGACCAUUGUCAGGGACUGAUUGUUGGCAGCAGGAUCAACUGCAACGUCUGUGAGGACUUCGACCUGUGCUUUGGCUGUUACCAUGCAAAGAAAUACCCUGACAGCCACCUGCCAACUCAUCGGAUCACAGUGUACCCCAUGGUGACGAUACGAAUCAGUGACCGUCACCGCCUGAUCCAGCCCUACAUCCACAACUACUCCUGGCUCCUGUUUGCCGCUCUGGCGCUCUACACGUCUGAGCUGAGCAGUGAAAAGCAGUCAGAGGGAGAGUCUUUGGACAACAACACUUUGAGCCAAGCCUCAGAUCUGCAGAUGUGCUGCUCCCAGCUCAUCACCAACUGCCUGCUAAAGGGGCAGACUGGCAAAGGUCUGCGUUCUUCGGCCUUGCUCGCUCUGCUGUUGUCCAAUGACUCGUCUUCUGACAGUGAGAUGUGUCCAGUCUCUCCGGAGUCCUCUCAGGAUCUCAGUACAGCCACUGACACCUCCUCUCUGCCUGGAUCCACAGCGGCAAUCUGCUCCCCAACCUCUCCAAAGGACAAGAGCAAACUGUCCAGUAAGGAGAAAAAGCCAAAAGAAGUGGGCUCUCCUCCUCCAGCUCCUCCUGAGGUAUCGUCUCCUCCAGGCACCGGAGAAAGGGAUAAAAUGAAGCUUGUUGCCCAGGACACCCUGGACUCCCCCAGCCUCAGCCAGACACCCUCAGUGUCCAGUGAGGACCCCCUCUCUCCUGUGGUCAGAACUUCAGAGUCUGGAGCAGGUACAGUCAUCUCACCAACAUCUGACAUGGUCAAGGAGACCCGUGAGAGGCUGCCACAGAUCCCCCUCCAGGAGCAGGUGUUUUCAGAGUGCUCCAGAGAGAGGAUCCUGGGACUACUAGCAGCCAUGCUGCCACCAGCCAAGCCAGGCAACACUCUGUCUCUGCCCAGUCUGAAGUCCAUCCUGCCCCAGCUUUUCAGAGCAGUCAUCUCCAACGCUGGCUCUCUAAACGAGACCUUCCAUCUCACGCUCGGACUGCUGGGUCAGCUGCUGCUCAGAAUCUCUCCGACAGAGGCCGACACUGCCGUCACAGAGGCUCUGGCCGACAAAUAUGAGCUGUUCACACAGGUCGAGGCAGCCAGUUUAGAGACCCAGGGCUGGAAGACAACACAACUGCUUUUCAGCUUGGGGGCUGUCUGUCUAGACAGUCGCAUUGGUCUGGAUUGGGGGUGCACAGUGGCGGACGUCUUACACAGUCUGAAUGUGUGUCCUGAGUGGUGCACAGUCAUCGCUUCAUUCACUGACCAUUGUAUUCAGCAGCUUCCACAAAAUCUUAAACGCACAAACCUCUUCACCCUGUUGGUGCUGGUGGGCUUCCCUGAGGUACUGUGUGUGGGCACCCAGACAGUAUUUAUUGACAACGCCAAUGAGCAGCACAACAUGAUCCUGCUGAAACACUUCACAGAGAAGAAUCAUGCUGCGGUGGUGGACGUCAAGACGCGCAAGAGGAAAACAGUGAAGGACUACCAACUCAUCCAGUCCCAGGACUCCACUGCAGCCGGUCUACCAGGGCAGUCAGAGGGACAGGGCACCCCAAAGACACUACUGUGCCGCUACCUGAGCAACUUCACAUCCAUCAUCAGCCACCUGCUGCAGAUCAGCCAGGACAACGGCUCUCCUGAUGCUGUGGAGGCAUCCUGGGUUCUCUCCCUGGCUCUAAAAGGCCUCUACAAUACUCUCAAGAAACACGGAGUGGAGCAGGCUCAGGAGGACAUACAGAAGUCAGGACUGACCCAGCUGCUGGUGAGGAAGUGCAGCAAAGGGACGGGUUUCAGCAAGCUGUGGCUGCUGCGAGAUCUAGAAAUCCUCUCCAUCAUGCUCUACUCCUCCAAGAGGGAAAUCCACUCCAUGGCCCAGGAUCCUGAGAGAGACCAGAGAGAGCAGGACAAAGAGCACGACUCCGACCACUCCAGCUGCUGCGCUGAUGAGACUGAAGUCAACAAGCCAGACCCCUUAGAAGGACUCGAUGAGGAGACAAAGAUUUGCUUCCAGAUCACCCAUGAUGCCUUAAAUGCCCCUCUGCCCAUCUUGCGAGCCAUGUAUGAGCUUCAAAUGAAGAGAACUGACUCCUUCUUCCUGGAGGUGCAGAAAAGAUUUGAUGGAGAGGAGAUAAAAACAGACGAGACAAUCCGCACGCUUGCUCAGAAGUGGCAACCAACCAGGCGUCCUCGCUCAGAGGAGAGGAACACUAAGGCUGUGGACACAGAUAUGAUUGUGGUUUCAUGUGUGUCUAAACCCAGUCACUGUGAGAAAGCCACAGAGGAGAUCAACGUAGUAGCCCAGAAGCUCAUCACCAAUUCGGAAAGCGACUUACAGCUCAGCUAUGCCAAACAGAGGCGCACUAAAAGUUCAGCUCUGCUGCACAAGGAGCUGGACGUGCGCAGCAAUCGAGCAGUUCGUCAAUACCUGGUAAAGGUUAACCAGGCCAUUGCCACGCUGUACGCCCGCCACGUGCUGGCCUCGCUGCUGGCUGACUGGCCUGCAGAGACUGCACUGAGCGAGGAGGCGCUGGAGCUGAACGGUGCCUCGCACAUGGCCUACAUCCUGGACAUGCUGAUGCAGCUGGAGGAGAGACCACUGUGGGAGAAGAUUUUGCAAAGGGUGCUGAAGGGCUGCAGUCAGAGCAUGCUGUGCAGUCUGUCUCUCACUGCCUGCCAGUUCAUGGAGGAGCCGGGUAUGGCUGUGCAGAUCAGAGAGUCCAAACACCCAUAUGACAACAACACCAACUUUGAGGACAAGGUGCACAUCCCUGGUGCCAUCUACCUUUCUGUAAAGUUUGACUCCCGCUGCUACACCGAGGAAGGCUGUGAUGAGCUCAUCAUGUCCAGCAGCAGUGAUUUUCUCCAGGAUGUCCACAACUUCAGCGGCUCUCCCCAGAAAUGGUCUGAUUUUGAGAUUCCUGGUGACACCCUGUACUACAGAUUCAUGUCAGACAUGAGCAACACAGAGUGGGGUUACAAGUUCACUGUUACAGGAGGCCACAGAGGACGCUUCCAAACAGGUUUUGAGAUACUAAAGCAAAUGUUAGCAGACGAGCAAGUACUGGGUAAUCUUCCUCUGUCUGACAUCUGGGAGUGGCAGGUGGGCGUGGCAUGUCGUCAGACUGGGAACCAGCGUCUCAAAGCCAUUCACUUGUUGCUCCGCCUCCUGCAGUGUCAGUCCACGACCGCCUGUGAGCUGACUCUACUGCGACCUCUAUGGCAGCUCUUUAUGUCCAUGGAAAACAGCCUGAGCCAGGAUCCCACCAGUAUCACCGUGCUGCUGCCUCUUCACAGAGCCCUCACUGAACUCUUCUUUAUUGCAGAGUCCCGAGCUAUCUCCCAGGGGAUCCUCCAGGAGUAUCUGUUAGCCAUGACCACUGACGAGCAGCUCCUAAACCACACUGCAAUGGCUCUGAAGAACAUCGCUGCCAUCAGCCUGGCCAUCAAUUACCCCAAUAAAUCUACCAAGCUCCUCAACAUAUCUCCUUGAGCGAGCCACAGGGAGACAGAGAGUGUGUGUGUGGGGGGGACACAUCCUGACUCAGCUGGAUCUCUUUUGAAGAAGGUGCCGAGAGGAGGGGGAGAAAAACCGCCCUGACCAGGACCCCCCUCUCCUUCUCCUCCCCACUCUGAAAAAUCUGCAGGACUCUGGAGCUGUGGAGGAUUACAUUCAAAGAGCACUUUCCACACUUACUCACAAUCCCUUUUGCCUUAGGUGAAUCCAGUAUAUCAGCAUGUGCAUUCACUGGAACAGGAACAAUUGCGGGGUCUAUUUUUUUUUCUUUAUAAUUCAGUUUUUACUUGAAGAUGCCGUGCUAAAGGACAUGCUGUGUGCCAAAUUAGCCACCUUCAAGGGGAAGUUUAUUCUUUUUUGUCCUGCCUUCCUUCCUCCUAAACAGCAGCCACUCUGGGUUCCAUAGUUGAUCACGGUGAAAACAGGUCACCUUGGCAACUCGCGUGCCUCAGCGGACAUGUAGAGCAUCCUAAAAAUACUGUCCAGGACAGCGGAGACUUAUUAGUCACCAUAGGGAGAAGGUACUGACCUACUAGCUCAUUCCACCCUCUCCUUCCUUCAUUUAAUUUACCUUUCUCCGUACUCACCUUCUCUCCUUCUAUCCUCAUUUCUUUACCUUCUUUCCUUUCCAACAGCAGACUAACUGAUGGUAUUUUUUAGGGCUCUUGUUGAAGGAUAGGAUUAGCACUGUUAUAAGAUAUUCUACACCUAAAUCUGUCGUGAUGACACGUGUAAUGCGCACUAAAACCCACUUGAGACCUGUUGACAGUUUGAUAGGGCUGCACAGGAUUUACAUGAUACCAACAAUAGCCAUAGUCUCUGCAUAGGAUGAGAAUUACAGCUGAGGGAAAACUGUGAUAAAAUACUAUCGCAAUGCAUUCCUUCCAUGUUAUUCUACCAAUAUGUUGAAGUAUUUUCACUUCUUUACUAGUGAAUGAAUGAAUGAUGUCAAUUUAUGUUCAUGAAAAUGAAUAACAGCAAAAAAGAAUUAAUGAGAAACCUGGAAUCUCUCAAAGGCCUUCAGUUUUAUCCACUUAUUUAUUAUUUUAUUUAAAAUUUGAUUGGGUUAAACUCUUUAGGAGUGUCAUUUUUCAUUUUUACAGCAGUGGAAGAAAUAUAAAUCACCCUGUCAUCUCUCUAUGUACUGUAAUGAAUGUGAGUGUGUGAGAGCUGAUUCCCACUUCUAACUUUAAACACAUUACUGAGGUUGAUUCACUGACAAACAUAAACGUGACUGUAAAGUAGACACAUUAUCUCACCUAAUCACAAGUGACACAGGACAGUUCCAUUUUUUUAAUACUGAAUUACCUCAUCUUGUGUAAUUACACAGAAGUGACGAUACGAUGCUUCUUUCAAUGUUAAUGUGAAAUUCAAUCGUCACACAUCACGCCACAUCCACAGUCAUCGUUCACUUUGAAAUAAAAAGGCAUCAAAUUCUGUUUUUCAACAAAUCUCAAAUUCAGUGAAGAGAGGGAUUAAAGAUGGUGGUUGUUUUCCAAUCAUUACUGUAUUAUUUUCUGAUUUAGAGGUUAUUUUAUUUGUAGGACAUCAUGGUUAUUUAUACCAAAGAAACCAAUCAUUGUGAGCCAUGAAACAUCUCUGAAGCAGCUCCUCGUAGAGCUCCAACUCAGUUUAUCACAUAUCAAACAGUCACCCAGUGAGAAGCUGGAGCUGAGGAAACCUUUAGACAUUGUUCUGUUUUUUGUUUUCUUUCUCCGUUUGUUACCUUUUUACUUUUCGUACUUUUUCCGCAGAAUAGCUCGGUGGUUUUGUUUACACAGACAUCAGCUGCAGUGAGGAGAGGGGAAGAGACACACACGGCCUCAGUUUGGCUUCUAAGACGCCUCACCUAUCUACGACGUGCCUAUGGUUAAAAAAUGAAGCAAUCAUAAUUUAACUCAUGUUAGCCGAAUAGUUAAUUAUAUUUUAAAAAGAGAAAUAUAUUGUUUAAUUUGAAGGUUUUUGUAACUUUUUACUUUUAAUGUUUCUUUUUCUUUCGUUGCAAGGAUGCUUGAUAUUCGAGGCUGACUAAUUUGAAUGUACAUAUCUGUGAAUAUUAAUUGCACAGGAAAAAGACUUUGAUAUCAACCCCUUACAAAUAUAUAAACUUUAUUGGGCACUAACAGACAGACACUUUGAUUCUGAUUUUGUAUGCAUGGCACAUUGAAGGUUAAAAAAAUGAAUAUAUAUACUGCUUGGGUUGAAAUGUGAUCCAUUUCUAAUAAAUAUAGAAAUGACUUAA